AUGGGCUCCUGCGUUUCCUUGCAUAAGGGCGACUCUGCCCUGAAAGUUCGUUUGGAUUUCGGGUCCCAAACUGCGGACAACCCGAAGAACGAUCCUCCUCCGCCGCCUAAGGUGGUGGCUGCCACCGAUGGGGUUUUCAAGUCUCACUGGUCUCCUCCUGCUGCUCUCGACUUUGGUAGCAAAGAGGAGACCUUUUUUGAUUCACAGGCUUGGUUGGAAUCUGAUUGUGAAGACGACUUUUUCAGUGUUAAUGGUGAUUUCACCCCGUCUCGUGGGAAUACACCAGUUCACAACAGCUUCUCAGUGAGAACAACGCCCGGUAGGAGCAAUGGGCAACUUCUUACUACAAGCCGAAGCUCGAAUUCGAAGACAAUGCCUGAGCCAUCACCAACUACAGAGAAGAAGAAGCAGAGACUAUCCGAACUCUUCAAAGAUUCCCUCGGAGAUGAUGAGGACGGCCAACAAGAUGAAAAUAAUCAAGAAAAUGAAUCUGACAAACAACACCAAAAGGUGGGGUUGAUUUCUGGCCCUUUGAAAUCGGGCAACAGCACUCCUAGUGUCUCUCAUCUGAAUUCAGGCAGUAGCCAGGGAACCGCAUCGACAGCAACAACAAAGACUUUAUCUUACUAUGUGGGGUCGGCUCAGAGAACCCCGAAUGGCAGUAUCAAACCACCUGUUGAGAGAUCAGGGAAGUCAGCAGCUCAAUGUUGUCUUCCAAGGUUGCGUAGCUUUAGCGAAAAGAAGAAGAGGUAA